UUUAAGAAGUACUAUAAUGACAAAAUAAGACGAUUUAUGCGUGAACAGGGCAGAAAAGUUACACAUUUUGAUAUCGCAGGACUAUUUACUAAGGCUUAUUUGAGGGUUCAAACUGGACAAAUUGCAAUAAAUGGUUUUAAAGCCACGGGAAUUUAUCCGUUUGAUAAACAUAUUUUCACAGAUGCAGAUUUUAUAGCUGGGAACUCAUCAUCAUCAGAGGAUCCAGUUGAAACUAUAAAUUCAACAACAGAAGAAACCCCAAGCGCAUCAGCCAUGGAAAUUGAGCCUGAAAUUCGUAAGUUUCGAAAUAAAAUCUAUGGAAAUUUUAGGAACGCUAUUUAAUUUGUUUAUAGAAGCAAG